CCUCCUGUCCCCGGGGUGUCCCCCCGCUGUCCCCAGGCUCACGAGCGGCUGGAGGAGCGCAAGCUGGAGGCGGUGCGCGGGGACAACCUGGCGCUGGUGCAGGAGAUCCUGCGGGACAUCGGGUGCCUGGCGCGGCCCGAAGCGCAGGGAGCGGCGGCGGAGCUGGCCCGGAUCCUGCGGGAACCGCAUUUCCAGUCGCUGCUGGAGACCCACGACUCRGUGGCUGCCAAGAGUUACGACCCUCCCCCGAGCAGCCCCGGCCCGGAGCCCUCGCUGGGGUCCCAGCCCGUGCCCCCCGAUGCCGUGCGCAUGGUGGGGAUCCGAAAAGCGGCCGGGGAGAACUUGGGGGGCGCUGUGCGUGUGCGCGGGGGUCGUGCGGGGCUGGCUGCGCCGGGCGCGGGGGGGACACCGUGGCGAGGGGAGCUCCUAGAGAGGGGGACACGCGUGACCGGGGGUSCCGAGUGUCCCCACCCCCCCCGCGCGUGCCCUGGGGACACACAAGGGCAGUGCGGAAAGCGGAUCUCGGGAUUUCGGGGGUCCUUCCCYUUGAACCCCCCCGGUCCUCAGGUGUUUGUCAAGUGCCACUUCGACUACGACCCGGCCACCGACAGCCUCAUCCCCUGCAAGGAGGCCGGGCUCAAGUUCAUGGCCGGGGAUUUGCUGCAGAUCGUCAACCAGGAUGACCCCAACUGGUGGCAGGCGUGUCACGUGGAGGGUGGCAGCGCGGGGCUGGUGCCCAGCCAGCUGCUGGAGGAGAAGCGCAAGGCCUUCGUCAAACGGGACGGGGAGGUGGCCCCCACGUCGGGGGCUCUGUGUGGCAGCCUCAGCGGGAAGAGGAAGAAGAGGAUGAUGUACCUGACGACGAAGAACGCCGAGUUCGACCGGCACGAGCUGUUGAUUUACGAGGAGGUGGCGCGGAUGCCGCCGUUCCGCCGGAAAACGCUGGUGCUGAUCGGCGCGCAGGGCGUGGGGCGCCGCAGCCUCAAGAACAAACUCAUCAUGUCCGACCAGGCGCGCUACGGCACCACCAUCCCCU